AUGUGCAUCCGGUGUUACCUCUCGCUGCUCGACAACGCAUCGCCAACGGUUAAAAAAUUAUUGCUGUUUCCCAAAGAAGGGCGCUUAUAUAUUUCUUCUGCACAGAGAAUCCACAGAACUAGCGUGUAUCAUGGCCUCCACACUCGUGACAACAGCUGCUGGCUGAUCGUUGCUCGGGAUCGUGAACGGUCCUUGCCUGAUCAUUGCCUAGGACAGUUACUUUCGUUAAACAAAGUAGCAUUCGGUUUCAUUCUUUCAUGCGAUCGCCCCGUCCUUGGUAACUCACUUGAGCCGAAAAAGCAUCACAACGCCUGCCUUUUAACGCGAACGAAUCUCAGUUGGGUACCGCAUAAGCCUUCAACAUUGCAGUCACAAAAUUCUUCUCUUCAAAGUCGCUCGUUUCGGUCAACCGCAACCAUGGCUUCUCACGACGAUUCUGAGAAGAAGCGGGUUUCUCAUAGAAUCCGCUCGCUCUCCAAAUCCCUCCAUCGCCUCUCCUCAAACAACGUACCGGAUCGUCUCAAAAACAACGAUGAUGAACAAGAAGAUUUCACGGCGCCACCUAAAAACCUUGCGGGUAGGGAUAUAUCGUACAUGCACCAAUCUGUGUUCUCCCUGAUUGCGGCCGCCGGUUCGAGAUCCGAUUUUCAUUCUCGAUUCGAUGAAUCUAGUGACAGCGACGGCGAGGACUCGGAAGGAAAAAAGCGACCUGAUCCAUUGCACAGACGACUCGUCGGGAGGUUAUCAAACAGAACCGGCAAAGAACUUUCAUCAUCGCAGGUCAUACCGGAGGAGGCUGGACAAGAAGCGCGACCUUCAAGGAAACCAUCCACAAGCUCUGUUAACAGUCAUCGGAGGACGGGAUCGGGUAAUAGGCUUCUACGAUCAAUACCAAGCAUAGUUCCUAAGCGAAAUGAUAAAGAGGGCAAGCCUGAUCAAGUCACCCAGGCAGCUCAGAGUCCACAGGAUGAAUCGCAACCAGCGCAAGAAACGAGCAAGACUACUCCUCGUACAGCGCCUAUUUUGAGCCGGAUGAUUGAAGCCCAAACCCGAUUCGACCCCGCAGCGCUGUCAACUGAAGAGCAUGCACAGGCCGAAAAAGAGGCGGACGACAAACAAAGUGACGAGCAAAAGUCAAAAUUCCUGCUGCCUAUCCGACUGAAAGAAAUUUUCGGCUUCGAAAAUCCAGAGCCAGUCAUCGGAGAGUACCCCUGCUGGCUUAUGCAGAAUGUUGCGCUGCAAGGAUAUAUGUAUAUCACCGAAGGACAUAUCUGCUUUUAUGCCUAUCUUCCGCAAAAGUCAAACGUAGCUGUCAAGUCUGGCCAGUUGAGUAAGCGCGGUCGCAAAAACCCACGGUACAAGCGCUACUGGUUUUCCUUGAAAGGCGACGUGUUUUCCUACUAUGAGGAUCCCUCCAAACUAUACUUUCCAAGCGGCCAUAUUGACUUGCGAUAUGGCAUCAGCGCAUCGCUUGCGGAUAAGGAGAAGGGCAAGGACACUCGUGACUUUACUGUGACCACAGAUCAGCGGUCAUACUUCUUUCGGGCGGAUAGUGCAUCCAGCGCCAAUGAGUGGGUGAAGGCUUUGCAGAAAGUUAUCUUCCGUUCACAAAACGAAGGCGGACGAGUCAAGAUAUCUCUGCCAUUGGAGGACGUGAUAGACAUAGAGGAGAGUCCUAUGAUGGACUUGGCUCAGACAUUCAAAAUUAGGGUAGUGGACAUAUACGAGACCUAUGCGAUUGAUGAGCAUUUCUUCUCGUUCUUUAACUUUGGACAAGAUGCAUUCGAGGUACUCAAAGGCUUGAUUAACGACUCAACAGCACGAAGGAUAGCCCAAGAUCCUGCGGCUACCCAAGUGUUGAACGAAGUAGUCAGUGAAAGCUACCGCCAACGAGCAGAUUCCUCGGCUUCGGAGAAACCAGACGCAAAUCUUGAAUCUAGUUCAGCUCAAAAGAGUGAGACUUCUGACCAGAAUCACGAAUCUGAUUCUUUUGUACAGUCUAUAGGCCAGACAGAGUCUUCACUUAGCCUGCAAUCACACCCGGACACCAUCGUCACUGCUAGCCAGAUCUUGACACGUGACGAUGUUUUCAACUCGCCCACAAUUCAUAGUCUGCGUCCUAAUACUUCGCUUGAGGGUGUGUCGUUUGAACAUCCCGCUCGAAAGGUAUUGGCUGAGCCCACCAAGAAGACAGGGAAAGAAGUUUCUAGAGUCCCAGAACAAAAUGCUUCAAUUGAACGCAAAUCCUACGUAGCUUCCGCUCCAACAAUCCACGAACUUGUGAAAGCCGGAACAUAUCCUCUCCAACGGGCAGCUGGGUUUGCAGAAUACCUGAAAAGCCGGUCUCGGCAAAUGAGCAGCCUGCUGGCAACUGAAUCUAUGGGAUAUAUUGAGAAAGUAUCUGGUAUGUGGAUCGGUGGAGGAAAGCAUUAUGCCGAGGGUGAAGAUCCAGCUUUGGAACAAUACUUCGAUGGCGAAGAUGCAGAGACAAGCGGUACUUAUGGCGACCGUUUCCGGGCGCACUUCGCGCUCCCGCCCACUGAGAAGCUUCAGGCCACUUAUUAUGGGUAUCUUCACCGGGUUCUGCCCCUUUACGGUAAAAUCUACAUAGGAAAUAGCAAAUUCUGCUUUAGAAGUUUGCUGCCUGGAACACGGACGAAAAUGAUUCUACCUAUCAAGGAUAUCGAAAAUGUUGAGAAGGAGAAAGGCUUUCGAUUCGGUUAUCAAGGCCUUGUUCUUAUUAUUCGCGGUCACGAGGAACUCUUUUUUGAAUUUAAUACUGCAGACUCUCGUGAUGACUGUGCAGUAACGCUACAUCAUAGGCUCGAGUCGGUACGAUUCCUUGCGCAAUCUAGCAUACUAGCCCAGAAGGACAAAGACGAGGCAGAUGCUGCAAAGGCUGAACAGCAGCUACUACAAGAAGCGACGCAGGCACCUCAGAUAGAGGAUUCGCAAGAAGUGCAUCCGAUAUUUGAUGACCCUCGCGCUUCAAUUGUGAACUUCAAACCCACGGAGUCAUUGCGCAUCACAUGUUUGACCAUUGGUUCUCGAGGAGAUGUGCAACCUUACAUCGGUCUUUGCAAAGGAUUACUCGCAGAGGGCCACCGGCCAAAAAUUGCAACCCAUGCUGAAUUUGAGCCAUGGGUCCGGCAGCACGGUAUUGAUUUCGCACCUGUAGAGGGUGAUCCAGCCGAAUUGAUGAGGAUAUGUGUCGAAAACGGAAUGUUCACUUAUUCGUUCUUGAAGGAAGCUUCUUCCAAGUUCCGAGGGUGGAUCGACGAUCUUUUGACUUCGGCGUGGAAUGCUUGUCAAGACAGUGAUGUUCUGAUCGAAUCUCCUAGUGCAAUGGCUGGAAUUCAUAUCGCCGAGGCUCUUCGGAUUCCAUAUUUCCGUGGUUUCACGAUGCCGUGGUCACGUACUCGAGCUUACCCACACGCAUUUGCUGUCCCUGAGCACAAAAUGGGUGGCGCUUACAAUUACAUAACAUACGUGAUGUUUGACAACGUGUUUUGGCGGGCUAUAUCCGGACAGGUGAAUAGAUGGCGAAAGAUGGAGCUAGGUCUUCGAGGCACAACCCUCGAUAAGAUGCAGGCUAACAAAGUGCCAUUCCUGUACAAUUACUCGCCAUCGGUUGUUCCGCCUCCUCUGGAUUAUCCCGACUGGAUUCGAGUCACAGGUUAUUGGUUCUUGAAUGAAGCUUCAAGCUGGACUCCUCCAACAGAACUUGUCAACUUCAUCAAAAAGACACGCGAAGAUGGCAAGAAGAUUGUUUACAUUGGCUUUGGAUCGAUUGUUGUUUCGGAUCCUGCUGCCUUGACUCGCACAAUAGUCGAAUCAGUCCAGAAAGCGGAUGUUCGCUGCAUCCUGUCCAAGGGCUGGUCAGAUCGUCUAGGCGAUCCGAAGAGCACUCGUUCCGAGGUUCCACUUCCUGCAGAGAUUCAUCAGAUUCAGUCUGCACCGCAUGAUUGGCUUUUUACUCAGAUUGAUGCGGCCGUGCAUCAUGGAGGUGCCGGCACAACUGGUGCUAGUCUCCGUGCCGGUGUUCCAACGAUCAUCAAACCAUUCUUUGGGGACCAGUUCUUUUUUGGGUCUCGGAUUGAGGAUUUGGGAGUCGGUAUCUGUAUGAAGAAGCUCAAUGUGGGCGUGUUUUCGCGAGCACUCUGGGAAGCGACGCAUAGUGAGCGAAUGAUCUUGAAGGCUAAGCUCCUUGGUGAACAGAUCCGUAAAGAAGACGGAGUCGGCAACGCCAUUCAAGCAAUCUAUCGAGACCUAGAAUACGCGACAACGCUAACCUGCCAACGAGCUUCACUAUCUGCAACGCCACUCAGUCCCGCCUCGGCAACUGGAGAGAAUCCGGCAACUGAAGAAGGCGAAGAACCAGAAGACAUGGAAGGCGAAGAAUCUUGGACUUUCGUGGAUGACUACGCUGAUCCCGAGCUCCUCAAGAAUGAGAAUCUAUUCUACCAGAAGAAUUUCACUUAUUCGCCGGCAUCUUCACCCACACUCGCAAAUAGAUAA